AGGUUAUUUUUCUUUCUGAUGUUAUUUUUAUAAUUUCCUAUUACUUUGUUUGUUGUUAAAAUUUAUCAUUAGAUUCAAAAUUAACUUAUUAAAACACUGUGUAAACGUCCAAGGUUUCUAACGCUAAAAAUGGAGACAUCAGAUGAUCCUGACAAAAACAAGAAACCUUCCAUCAAUGGAUUUACAAAAGAAAUUAACACAAGUGCGCUGAUUUGGCCGGAUCAUAUCACUUCAAUUGAUUUAAGCAACAAAAACUUGGUGACUGUGGACGAUUGUGUGAAAUUCCCGCCAAAUGUAGUCGAUUUAAAUUUGGCUUACAAUGCAUUGCGUGAGAUUCCUUCUGCUGUACUCGGAAUUGCGAAACUAAAGAAUUUAGAUAUAUCAAACAACAGUAUUAAAUAUUUUGAUGACACUCCUAGCUUCUGCCACUCUAUAGAAACCCUUAAACUUGGGCAUAAUAGUUUAGAAGGACCUCCUUACUGGAUCUGGACAGCAAAUCCUAGAAAUCUCACCCACUUAGACCUAAAUUACAACAUCGAUAUAACAGAAUCAUUUAAGAAUGGUUACUUCGAAGAACUAUUGCAGUACAAAACACCAGUUGUACAUUUAAUCAUAAAUAAUUGUAAAAUUGGAAAACAUUUGGAGCUGCUCAGCACAUUCCCUAAGGUUAAAGUAUUGGAAAUAGGUUCAGAGAAGUUAAGCCACUUGUUCACCAAUCGUGUCCUAGAAGUGCCUUGCGGAGGACUCGAGAACUGCUGUGAUUUAGAAAAGUUAAACUUAAGCAAUACCCAUAUUUAUAAUGUAGUUGCUAAUAUAGAUAUGUUUGUUAGUUUAGUAGAAAUAAAUUUAUCACAGAAUUAUAUAAGUGGGUUACCAAAUGAGUUUUGUAACUUACAUAACUUGAAAUGCUGUAUUUUAUCAUUCAAUCAGAUUUUAUAUUUGCCCGACGAGAUGAGAAAACUCAAAAACCUUGUAGUACUGCUUGUUGACAGUAAUGAGUUGUGUACUUUACCGGACAGCUUAGUUGACUUGAAAAAUUUAGAGGUUUUGGAUGUUUACAACAACUGCCUCUAUGAAAUCCCUGAUGAGAUAAUGAAAUUAGCAGAAUUGGACUUGGCCCAAAAUUAUUUUGAUGAGCCAGAUGAUGAAACUUAUUUAGAAAAGAAAGAAAAAUUAAGACUGAAUAUAGAGGACAGGUGUGAUGGCAGAAAGCUAGAACAAGCACUACCUGAUAGUGAACAUUCUUCAAACACCACAGACGAUGAAGAAUUAAUACAACAUCUGGAAAAUAUUUCUAAAAGUAAAAAAGAAAAUAUAGUCAGAAAUGACCCUCCAAGUUCUCCAGAAGACUGGGACUCUGACGAUUACUGGGUGCCACGGUUUUGUAGUGCCACUUCUCUGACACCACACGAAAAAUGGAUUGAAUUUGUCAAGAGAAAAAUGGAGGCUGGAAACUUUUGCCCUGUGGAUGCCCAUCCUGUGUCCAUCACUGAGAAAGUUAAAUAUGAGAAACUGUGUAACCCUCAAAUUGUGCAAGAAGUGAUUGGACAAUUUGAUGACCUAUCUGAUGACGAUAGUUAAUGACUAUAAUGUUUUUAGUAAUAAGCUUAGUAUGACAUUGAAAACUGUAAAGUUAUAUGUAUAUAUGUGUUGUUUGUUGAAUAUAAAUGUUCCAUUAUUAAUGCUAUUGCCACGCCAAUGCAGUUUUUAUGUAUUUUGCAUGUGUGCACAAGACUGCAAUGUUGAGUAUUUAGAGAUAUUAAAAACGAUGUUGACAGAUAAUAAUUAAUUGUAAUGCAGAUUGUUUGUAAGCAAAGAACUCAUUGAUGCUGUAAACAAUCCAGUAGACGGAGGAAAGUGAUUGUUUGGUGUGACUAUGCCACUGCAGCCAGUUUCUAUGUGCCAUAGAGCAAAGAUUUCUAUGGUAUACAUAUUUUUGUCAAAUAGUACAAAAAUAUCAUCCAGGUCAUAAUUAUCCUGUAUGGUACUGCCUCGGUGAGUUCUUUGUGUCAUUGACAAACCAUAUUAUUAUAGGUACUAAGAUGCUAUUGUGUUGUGAAUAAUAAUUAGUUAAAUCAGCUAUAAAAAGCCAUAAUUUUGUGUUCAAACUAUAACUUCGAAUGCUAGAAUAAGUUAGCAUAUUCAAGAUAUUUUUGUUAUGAAUAUUUAUAGUUGGAAAAGGGCCCAAUUCCCAAAUUUUCACUUUAUCUACCUUCACAAUCACAAAUGUGUGAGCUCUUAUUAUUCCUCUUUAUUCACAUAUAAAAAACUCAAUUCUCAAUCCUAUAAAUAGUGAAAGUUUCCAGGAUUAGGCCCCACCUACUAGAAAGGAAAGUUAAGAUAACUUAGUAGGUACCUACUUUCAGAAUACAGUCUUGAAGAAGAGUUUAUUUUUCAAUAUAUUGUUUACUCUCGUUAUGUUUUUAAUUGCAUGAUGUUAUUAUUUUCAAGACUAGUAA